CAGAGGAAAGAGAGCACUUGGAAUUGAGUAUGGAGGACCGAAGAAGGUAGUCAGCCACGGCAACUGACACAAUGUAGAAGCAAAUUACGGCGAAAAGUUACGCUUAGAAAGAGUUCUGCAUCUAGACGCAUCCGUGUGAACUGCAGCCGAAGAGAACUAUCUGGAUGGAUGUUUGGAUUACAGCGUUCUUCACUAAAAAAAAAUCCCCAUUGGCGAUGAUGCGGGUGGAGUUUGCACUUUAUCUGAGGGAAAGAAAAGGGUUGGAUUUUGAAUACUGCGGGUUGUUUGUGAACAGGAAAAUUUGAAAUUGAGGAGAGGCAGUCCGCAGCGCUCAAAAAGAGGAGGGGAGGGGGGGCAAAGAAAACGCCCUGUUGCCGAAUCCUCACUAAACAUUAGCAUUAACUUUAUCGCGCCAUCGAAAACAUCAGUCACACAAUUGAAUAUGGAACGGGAAGUUUAAUACUUGCUUGGCAAAAGGGCACCCUAUGUACUACCCGACUUUGUGAAACGGUCUUCCUUUCUUUUGGGGAUAUAUAUUUUUUUUUUGUCUGGACAUAGCUCGCGAGUCCGAAGUAAUUUCAGAGGGCGGCGAGUCAGAGGCGGCUUAGGCCCACGGGCAUAGCUGAAGAACAAAAAGGCUGUUUUCGAACCUCCUUCAUGUGAACUCACCUUUAUUAAAAGGGUUAUCCCGCAUUCUUAAAAGAAACGGACACUGAUUAAACUCUAAAAAUGUCGUCCGGAGCAGAAAGACGGUUGGAAAACCGGCAGAAAAAACUGGAAGCCAUGAUCAAAGAUCCAAGGUCUGCGAUAAACUUGGAAAGUUUACUGGAUUCCAUGAAUGCCUUGGUUCUAGAUUUGGACUUCCCAGCAUUACGGAAAAACAAAAACAUUGAAACAUUUUUAAACAGAUAUGAGAAGGUGAUGGGGCGCGUUCGAGAGCUACAGAUGAGGUCAGAAGAUUUUGACAAAGUCAAGGUGAUCGGCAGGGGGGCCUUCGGCGAAGUUCAGCUGGUGCGGCACAAAGCAUCUCAGAAAGUUUACGCCCUGAAAUUGCUGAGCAAAUUUGAGAUGAUCAAGCGCUCCGACUCCGCCUUCUUUUGGGAGGAACGUGACAUAAUGGCCUUUGCCGACAGUCCCUGGGUCGUCCAGCUGUGCUGUGCCUUCCAAGACGACCGCUACCUGUACAUGGUGAUGGAGUACAUGCCGGGCGGAGACCUGGUCAACCUCACCAGCACCUACGACGUUCCCGAGAAGUGGGCCAAGUUCUACACGGCCGAGGUGGUCCUGGCCCUGGACGCCAUCCACUCCAUGGGCUUCAUCCACCGGGACGUCAAGCCAGACAACAUGCUGCUGGACCGACACGGGCACCUCAAGCUGGCGGACUUCGGCACCUGCAUGAAGAUGGACUCUACGGGGAUGGUCCGUUGUGAUACAGCAGUGGGAACGCCAGACUACAUCUCCCCUGAGGUUCUGAAGUCCCAGGGGGGUGACGGUUACUACGGGCGGGAGUGUGACUGGUGGUCCGUCGGGGUCUUCAUCUUCGAGAUGCUGGUCGGUGACACGCCCUUUUACGCAGACUCCCUAGUGGGAACGUACAGCAAGAUCAUGGAUCACAAAAACUCCCUGAACUUCCCUGACGACGUGGAGAUAUCCAAGGAUGCCAAGAAUCUCAUCUGUGCCUUCUUAACGGACCGGGAGGUGCGGCUGGGUCGCAACGGAGUGGAAGAGAUCAAGAGGCACCCCUUCUUCAAGAACGACCAGUGGACCUUCGACACCAUCCGAGAGACGGAUGCCCCUGUAGUACCAGAUCUGAGCAGUGACAUUGACACCAGUAAUUUUGACGAGAUCGAGGAUGAUAAGGGAGACGUGGAGACGUUUCCACCACCCAAGGCCUUCGUGGGAAACCAGCUGCCUUUUGUUGGCUUCACCUACUUCAAAGAGGACCAGUUGCUAAGUGCCUCAAAUCCCACGGUGGAGGAGAAUGAGCAUCAGACAUCAAUCAAAGGGGAGGACAGUGUAGCGUCGGCUCAGCUGCAGAAGAAGCUGCACCAGCUGGAGGAGCAGCUCAGUAAUGAGAUGCAAGCCAAAGACGAGCUAGAGCACAAAUACAGAGCUGCCAGCAGCCGCCUCGAGAAGGUCUCCAAAGAGCUCGAUGAGGAGGUGAGCGAGCGGAAGAACCUGGAGUCGACGCUGCGGCAGCUGGAGCGGGAGAAGGCCCUGCUGCAACACAAGAGCGUGGAGAGCCACAGGAAGGCGGAGAACGAGGCCGACAAGAAGCGCUGCCUGGAGAACGAGGUGAACAGCCUGCGCGACCAGCUAGAGGACAUGAAAAGGAGGAACCAGAACUCUCACAUUUCCAAUGAGAAGAACAUUCACCUGCAGAGACAGCUGGACGAGGCGAACGCUCUGCUGCGGGCGGAGUCGGACGCGGCGGCGCGGCUGCGGAAGACCCAGACGGAGAUGACGAAGCAGAUCCAGCAGCUGGAGGGCAACGCGCGGGAGCUGCAGGACAAGUGCUGCCUGCUGGAGAACAGCAAGCUGAAGCUGGAGAAGGACUUCAUCAGCCUGCAGUCCGCGCUGGAGUCGGAGAAGAGGGACCGCAGCCAGGGCUCCGAGACCAUCAGCGACCUGCAGGGGCGUAUAUCGGGCCUGGAGGACGAGCUGAAGCAGGUGAAGGCCUCUCUCUCCAAGGCAGAGAUGGAGAAGAGGCAGCUGCAGGAGAAGCUGACGGACCUGGAGAAGGAGAAGAGUAACAAGGAGAUUGACAUGACGUACAAGCUGAAGGUCCUUCAGCAGGGGCUGGAGCAGGAAGAGGCCGCACACAAGGCCACCAAGGCCCGGCUCGCAGACAAGAACAAAAUCUACGAGUCCAUCGAGGGGGCCAAGUCAGAGGCCAUGAAGGAGAUGGAGCAGAAGCUGCAGGAGGAGAGGGCUGCGAAGCUGCGGGUGGAGAAUAAGCUGCUGGAGCUGGAGAAGCAGAGCUCGAUGCUGGACUGCGACUACAAGCAAUCCCAGCAGAAGCUGGAGGAGCUGCGCCGAUACAAGGAGAAGCUGACAGAGGAGGUGAAAAACCUGACCCUGAAGAUCGAGCAGGAGACUCAGAAGCGCAGCCUGACCCAGAACGACCUGAAGGCUCAGAACCAGCAGGUGAACGCGCUGCGCAUGUCUGAGAAGCAGUUGAAACAGGAGGUCAACCACCUGCUGGACAUCAAGCAGAGCCUGGAGAAGCAGAACCAGGAGCUGCGCAAAGAGAGACAGGAUGCUGACGGACAGAUGAAGGAACUGCAGGACCAGCUGGAGGCAGAGCAGUAUUUCUCAACCCUGUAUAAGACGCAGGUACGGGAGUUGAAGGAGGAGUGCGAGGAGAAGAAUAAGCUGUAUAAAGACAUGCAGCAGAGUCUGCAGGAGCUGCAGGAGGAGAGGGACUCCCUGGCAGCCCAGCUGGAGCUCACCCUGACGAAGGCCGACUCGGAGCAGCUGGCCCGCUCCAUCGCUGAGGAGCAGUACUCCGACCUGGAGAAGGAGAAGAUCAUGAAGGAGCUGGAGAUCAAGGAGAUGAUGGCCCGGCACAAGCAGGAGCUGGGCGAGAAGGAUGCCACCAUCAGCUCGCUGGAGGAAGCAAACCGCACUCUGACGAGCGACGUGGCCAACCUGGCCAACGAGAAGGAGGAGCUGAACAACAAGCUGAAGGAGACCCAGGAGCAGCUGCAGAGGGCCAGGGAGGAGGAGCAGCAGAUGAGCCAGAUGAAGGUCACCUUCGAAAAGCAGCUGCAGUGCGAGAGGACGCUCAAGACGCAGGCUGUAAACAAGCUAGCGGAGAUCAUGAACAGGAAGGAGGUCCGCGGCGGUGGCAGUCGCCGUGGCAACGACACAGAUGUGCGCAGGAAGGAGAAGGAGAACAGGAAGCUGCAGCUGGAGCUGCGAUCAGAGAAGGAGAAACUAAACAGCACCAUCAUCAAGUACCAGAAAGAAAUCAGCGAGAUGCAAGCGCAAAUUGCGGAUGAGAGCCAGGUGCGCAUCGAGCUGCAGAUGGCCCUGGACAGCAAGGACAGUGACAUCGAGCAGCUGCGCUGCCUGCUCAACUCGCUCAACGUGCACUCGCUCGACUCGGCCAGCGUCAGCAGCGGCCCUGACCCCGACGCCGACGACGCCUACCCAGAGACCAGGCUGGAGGGCUGGCUGUCGCUCCCAGUGAGGAACAACAACAAGAGGUUUGGAUGGGAGAAAAAGUAUGUGGUUGUGAGCAGUAAGAAGAUUCUGUUCUACAACAGCGAGCAGGACAAGGAGCAGUCCAACCCCUACAUGGUCCUGGACAUCGACAAACUGUUCCACGUGCGGCCGGUCACCCAGACGGACGUGUACCGCGCGGACGCCAAAGAGAUCCCCAGGAUAUUUCAGAUCCUGUAUGCGAAUGAGGGGGAGAGCAAGAAGGAGCAGGAGUUCCCUGUGGAGCCCCUGCCCAUCGGUGACAAGUCCGGCUACAUCUUCCACAAAGGCCACGAGUUCAUCCCCACGCUGUACCACCUGCCCACCACCUGCGAGGCCUGCCCCAAGCCCCUGUGGAACAUGUUCAAGCCCCCGCCCGCGCUCGAGUGCCGCCGCUGCCACAUCAAGUGUCACAAAGACCACAUGGACAAGAAGGAGGAGGUCAUCGCGCCCUGCAGAGUGAAUUACGACGUGUCGACGGCCAAGAACUUGCUGCUGCUGGCCGUGUCCCAGGAGGAGCAGCAGAAGUGGGUCAGCCGCCUCGUCAAGAAGAUCCCCAAAAAGCCGCCAGCACCCGAGCACUUCGCCCGCUCCUCGCCCCGCGCCUCCAUGAAGGUCCAGCCCAGCCAGUCCAUGAGGCGGCCCAGCAGACAGAUGCCCCCCAGCAAGCCCAGCGAUGGCCCCAUGCUCAGAAUCAUCCUCCACUGACCUUUGACCCUUGACCCCUUCAUUCCUUCCUGCCUGACCUUAACCAUCUUUGCUUGGGGAUGUGGUGAACCUUCAAGGUGAUGGGUGUUUUCUUCCUAACACAAAAAAAAGACUGAAAAACACAGAUGUUUCUACUUAGCGUAUCCAAAUCAGACAGAAAUCGAAAUGCACAAAUACUACUUAAACAGAAGAACCAUUAGAACGACCUCUUUUCUAUCCCAGUUUACAGCACGUUGCUUCCACUUUGAAUACUAGUAUGGCUUCAGCUCUGUGUUGAGCUGGGUCAGGUCACACAAGGCUGGGCUGCUGGUCUCCCUGAAAUGUGUAGGUCCACCCUCACACAUACCCCACCAUCAUCAAACCCGUAACUGUCUGCAGCACCUCUUUCAGCCUUUUGGGGGGGAAAAAGACUGGGACAUCCUGGCCAGGAGCGGGUGUAGAGACACUUUAGAGUUUUAGGGGUGUUUGUCUCCGCUGAACGAUUCCUCACAUACCACGAUAUGCCUGCGGAUCAUCCCUUGUGCUAAUGGCUGGGGAUCAGGGAGCCACAAUGACUUCCCCUGGAUAACACUAACCAAGAUGACCAGACGGCCAGACGAGGACCAGAAGCCAUGCGACCGAUCUGCCUGGUCAGCCCAGGAAGCCUGGCCCGCUCGCAUGUGUCGACACCAUGCCUGCACACACAUACUGCAGAUUAAAAGUAUUUGGUGGCAACACUACAUUACCAGUAAAAGCAUUGUAUUCUCACGGAAGCAGCCAAUGCGCCCUUGCAAACAGCAGGGUCUGUAUGCAGGUUAUGCUGUAUGCAUUCCGGAUGCUAGCAGUUUAAAUCCACACAGCUGCAUGUGAAUGUUGUAGCAACUCUGUUAGUCUGAUUAUUUACUUUGAUUUUAGGCAGUCAAGUUUGUGACAUCCUGGUUUGCCAUUCUUCCAUGCAAUGCCUUAAUUUCUAUACUACAGAGCUUGCUCAUUCCUGUAAGGUGAUGUUUACUGUACUGUCAGAAUGUGAGACAGAGUCAGUGCACUAUUAUUAGUCUGCAUUACUACCAUGAAGCUGUACUCCUACCUUUUUGAAUGUAUCCCAGGAGAAAACAAAAAAAAAGACACAGGAGCAUUGUAAGAGAGGAUAUUGUACAUUUCACAUUUGGAUGAUCAUGUGUUGGUGGAGGGAGUUCCCAGUCGGCGGGACUCCCCACUGCGUGUGCGUGUGUGCUGUCCUUAUAUGGCCUCAGUUCUGUUGCAUACCUGCCUUGGAUCCUUGUACGCAUACUCAAGAAAGUGUUAUUUUAUUAUUCCUCAGAAGGAAAAACAGGUUGAAUUAUUUUUACUAAAGAGGAGGAAAAAAAUGAAGAAAAAAAAAACUACAAAAAACUUCACAGCAGAUAUUAUAUCCAUAAGCACUAAAGUAUAUACAGUAUGCUGUAGAGGCAUUUAAAAGCGUUUUUGUAUAGAGUUUCCCUUCAGUGCAUCAUGUAGCUCAGAUCCUGCUGGAGGGUUUGGUGUGCUGUGAGAACUAGCUGGCACUCAAGGCUUCUGAUAUGGCACACAAUAUAUAAAUAUAUACAGUAUAUAUUUUACAUGCCAUCUUACAUAAUGUAUUAUUUAUAUUGGCCUGUCCACUUUAUAUUUAAAGAAAGUGCUAUGUUCAAACUGCAUGUUUUAUACUGCUGAAUUAAGCUCGGAACAUUGUAAACCUAUUUGACAAUAAAACUAUGUAGCCCUC